GAAAAGAAAGAAGGGAUACUGGUCUGUAAGAGAGAGAUACUGUGUAGAGUGAUACUAUCUCUGCUUUGGAAGCUUUACACCUAUUUCUCUCCUUCCUUCAGACCUCUGUCUCUUCAGGACCACUCUAUCUCAAGGCCCCAGAGGUCAGGCUCAGGUGCCAGAAGCCAGACUCUUCCCAGGGCCAGCUCAGCCACCAGAAGGACAGAGGAGACCCAGGGGGCCAGAGGAGAACGGGGGGCCCUGGUCAACAUGGAACUUCUUGGGUUGCCUAACAUUGGCAACACUUGCUUCCUAAACGCCACCCUGCAGUGCCUCCUGGUCCUGCCUUCCUUCUCAAAGGAAAUCCUACGCCAGGAACAACUCUGGAGCUUCUCCCCCUUCUCCAACCUGCUCAGGUGUCUGUCUGAUGUGCACCGUUCGGGUCUACCUGACAGUGGCGCAAACCAGGCCUCAAAAGCAGACCUCAUGUGGAAGGUCAAGUACUCCUUGUCGGGAUAUGAUUUGAAGUAUCUGGGGGACACGCAACAGGACGCACACAAGUUACUUGUGAAUAUGCUGUGCCAGCUGAAGGAGGAGGGCAUGAUUCUGAAGACACUCGGGGUGAACUAUACCUGCCCUGUUUCCCAGCUGGAGUUCCAGCUUGUCUCAGUGCGCACAUGUACCAGCUGUGGGCGCGAGUCGUCCACCAGAGAGGACUACAAUCACCUCUCAUUGGACUUCAGCUCUGAGCGCACCUUGCUAAGCAGCCUUGCACUCACUUUCAAAAGAGAAAAGGUUGAAUUCACAUGUGCAGGCUGCAAGGGCCUCCACGCCUCAAAGGUGGAGCAGUUCCACACACUGCCUCUUGUGCUGGUUCUGCAUCUGAAGAGGUUUGGAGGACCUGGGGGGUUGGAGAAGCUGGAGGCUCCUCUUUUGUUUCCUUCGGAGCUGAGGCUCUCCACCUUCUGUGGGGACACGGUGCCACCCCUGCACAGUGCCAACCCACAGGCCCUCACCAACCAGACCCCCAAUAUUCAGGUGUCCAUCCCCCAGACCCUCGCCAGCCAAGUCUCCAACCCACCCGGAGAGGCCAAAGAUAGCGCCCUCUGCUGUUCAGAUUCAAAUGACCAGGAACCAGGGAAAGUGCUGUGGACAGCCUCAGUGAAGCAGCCAGUGAAGUCAGUGAAUGGCUACUACCAGCUGACUGGCGUAGUCUCUCAUUUGGGAGGCUCCGCAAACUCCGGGCACUACAUUAGUGACAUCUUGAAUGCAAGUGGAAACUGGUUCUGCUGUAACGACAGCCAAGUGUCAAUGUCCAAUGAAGCCACUGUGCUGAGGACCAGAGCCCGGAGUGCUUACCUGCUCUUCUAUAUGUUCAGGGCAGGAGAGCAUUAGGCCCCAGCACACAGGGCCACCAGCACCAGCCUCAACAGGGGCAGCACCCGAACCAGCCUCCACACACCAAGCUCAGCCUCAAAAGGCUCAGCCCAGCCUCAACAGGGGUUGUACCAGGCCUAGACUAAAUACCCUCAGCCCAGCUUCAACAGGGUUAGUCCCAGGCCCAGCCUCAACAUCCUUAGACCUUCCUCAACAGGGGCAGCACCAAGCCCAGCUUCAACACUCCCUGCCCAGCCUCAACAAGGGGGGUGGGGGUGUUAUGAUCACUACUGGCUUCUUCUCAUGGAACUGGCACAAUGAAAAGAGACCUGGUGUUUGGGAAAGAAGACUGAAACCUCCUGCUCUGACUGAGGAGGAUGAAGAACAAGGUGCGCUGCCUAUGGACUGUGCCACCUCUGAUCAGGUCCAGACACGUGAUUACUGUGCAGCCCCUGAACCCGCAACCCUGGACACGGCCCUAAUGGCAAAUCAUGAGCACGUAAGAGAAAUUGAGGAGCUUCGAGCCAAGCUGGAGAAACUGACUGCCCAACACAGCUUUGGUGCGAUUUUCUGGUUCUGACGAGGAUAUGCGUUUUUACACAAGAUUUGUAAUCUACACCUACCGGAUGGCCUUCUGGCACUUGACUGAGCGGGCAGCAGAGACCAAGUUUAAAAGUCACAAGCACCAAUCCAUCUGAAACAAGUGUUACUCGAAGAAAACUGACACUGCCAUCAAUCGACGAGUUCUUCUUGUUUAUGACUCAUCUGUCGCUGGGUCUGAAGCAGAAGGAUUUGGCCCAUUGGUUCAGCAUCCACCAAUCGACAGGGUUACGGAUUAUCAUCUCUUGGGCCAACUACUUCUACUGUCUGCUUGGAUCAGCACGGAUAUGGAUCCCCAGGGAAACCAUCAAAGCCCACCUGCCACCCGAGUUCAAGGACUAUCCAGACACCCAGAAAAAACAGCAGAAAGCCAAUUCAAUUGAUGUGGAGCAGAAGACAAGAAAUAAGAAGGAGAGUAGCACUUCAUCUCCCUCUCCAAUUUCAACUGACCGUUCUGAACGGAAUUCCUCCGCCACCUCUGACCACUCACCCUCUGACCAACUCUCCUCCCUCUAUCCACCUCCCUCUCCUGUUAACUGUUCCUCUCAGCCUUGCUCUCCUGCUAAACAGCCCUCUCUCUCCAGGUCACCUGCCAAACACCCUUCCCCAGUGAAAUCCUCUCCAGGGGUGUCCCGUCCUAGUUCAGACCUCUGUCUCUUCAGGACCACUCUAUCUCAAGGCCCCAGAGGUCAGGCUCAGGUGCCAGAAGCCAGACUCUUCCCAGGGCCAGCUCAGCCACCAGAAGGUCAGAGGAGACCCAGGGGGCCAGAGGAGAACGGG